AUGUCAGCUCAAAUGUACCAAUUCGGGAUUUCGGGUGAGGGAGAUGGAAACACUUUCUACAAGGACGCAGAGAAGAAGUCUUCCUUCCGUCUCUUCCUGCUCGGGUUGUUUGGCAUCUCAUUGGCGACCAGGCUCGGUCCCGAGAUGGUGGCUAUCCACGCCCAUUCUCGUACAACAAGAACUGAACACGACAACUUGAUGUCAUGGGAGUGCAUCAUGCAGGUCGUUCCUAACCUCUUCCUCUCCUCUAUGAGAAUUCUUGUAUUUGCAGCCUUGCUGAUAGGUACCUCUACACGGAUAUAUUACUGCAUCACCGUCCACGCUCUGCGAAGAGUUCCAGGAUAG